GCUGGUGCUGGUACUGCUUUUGUUUCUGGUGCUGGCUGUCCCUGGUCUGUGUGGCACCCCCCAAUCGGCCUUGUCUCUGCCGCCGUCCCCCUUCGCCCCCCACCCAUCGCAAAUGCUCAUCUCAUCCCUGUGCAGCACGAGGCGUCCUCUUGCAAAGGCGCUCUUUGCGGUUCUGACACAUGCCAGGCUUUCGCAGCAGGUGCACUCGUCCGUGGCCGUGACAGAGCUGCCGCCGGCGCUGGAGCCGGCGCUGGCGCCGUUCCCGGGCGCCGGACGGCCCCACGAGCGCAACACGAGCCACGGCGACGCAGCAUGGACGUCCACGGCAACGUCGUCUUCGACGACGUUUGCCGACUCGUCGGCAACGCCGCAGCGGAACAUGAUCCUUGGACACCGGCCGCUGCUGGAGCUUGCGCCGGUGAGAAACCCGGCGAGAACCGUGACGGUGUCUUCGUACAACAUCUUGUCCAGACACUACCUCUGGGAGAGCCUAUACUCGUAUCUCCCGCUGGAGUACACAAACUGGAGCCAGCGCUUCCGCAGGCUCAACCAGAGCUUCCGGGACUUGUCCGAGCUCUCAGACAUCAUGUGCUUCCAGGAAAUGGAGUACCAGGUCUACCACGACCACUGGAAGGCCGCCAUGGAGCGCCUCGGCUACGACUCCAUCUUCCAGACGAAGCCCAGGCCAGGCUACUGGAAGAAGAGCGCCAACAUGAUGGACGGCGUGUCCGUCUUCUACAACCGCGACAAGUUCGACCUUCUUAACUACGAGCAGAUCAACCUCGCCGACCACUUCAAACACUCCUCCAUCAUCGACCAGACCGCAGACACCCAGACACGGUUGAACGUCAGAAACACCGUCGCCGUCAUUGUCGUGCUCAGGCACAAGGCCUCCGGCGAGACCCUCUUUGUCUCCAACACACACCUCUACUGGUCCCCCAAGCACGACGACGUCAAGCUCAUGCAGACCUACCUCCUCACCUCCUUGGUUAAGCACUCCAUCAUGCGCCACUACAAGAUGUCCUUCGACGAGGUCGACGACAUGAUGAGGGCGAAGCAGGGCCCCAACGUCGUCAUGGUCGGCGACUUCAACUCUAGCCCAACCUCCAUGGUAUACCGCUUCAUGUCCAAAGGCUUGGUGGACAAGAAGCAAGAGGUCAAGUUCAACCAGGAUUACGGGAUGAAGUUCAGCCACCUCAUCAACAACGGCCUCGGCAAGUUCAAAUCUCCCUAUAAGGACCUAUACUCGAAGGGUCUUUUCACAAAGACAACGUACACCCCGAAGUUCAAGGGCGUCAUUGACUACAUCUGGUUUGCAGACUGCAACAACAAGUACAACUUCACCAAGGUGUUGGGCGACGUCGAUCAUUCUUACCUCGAACAUUUCAAAGGCUUCCCCAACGAGGACUUCCCAAGCGACCACAUACCAAUACUUGCCCAGAUCGAGUUCAAGUAGCUCCAGAGAAAAUUUUCCGACCUUAUUUCCAUUCAUUUUAACCCCUCCUCUACUUCCAGGCAUACCUUGAUGACUUAUUAUACACAUACAUUUUCUAUACAUUUUCAAUUAUCAUACUAUUACGAGCUUUUUUAUCUUUUCCGUAUUUUUGGGCUUUCUUUUUUUCUUUUUUUUCUUCUCCUUCUACUUAAUCUAUUCACCGGUCAUCAAUCUUUACUUUCUUCGUUAGAAUUUAUUAUACAAGCUAUCAUCAUAUUUAUUCUAUGAGUUAUUACUACC